AUGUCUUCGAACCCUUCCACCGUGACCCAUGCGAGGUCUCCAAGCUUUAGCGACCUUCCGCAAGAGGUGCGCAACAGGAUAUACAUGCUUGCUGCGAAUGACAAGGAGCGCCUUAUUGAGCAGCACGUCAGCCGGCGCAACACCGCGACAACAAGUGAAGCUUUUUGGGCAGCACGCGGGUAUUACAGCUUGACCCAGGCCUCUCGACAAACACGGCGGGAGUUUCGCGAACUGUAUCUCAGGGACCGUGCUAUAUCGGUGCACAUUCGUGACGCGCAAGACUACCUAGAGACCAUCUACCCGUCGUCUGGCAAAAAUGCGGUCCAUCGCAGCACUAUCAACGCAUGGCUUACAAUUCGCACUGACGUCGAACGCCGUGGCAAAUAUGAUACACCCAUCGAAAUCCGACCUCUGUUGCUAAGCCUCUUCAAUACGCCUGGUCUCGACUAUGAAUUUACGGGCAAGGGUGGCGCAGUUUUCAACGAACUGUUUGUCGGUUACGAGGGGGAGUGGAGGGCUGCAGUGGAGAACGUUUUCAAGAGCGUGGAGCUAAAGGAGCCUAGUGUCUUCGGAUUGAGGCUAGUACUGGACCCUAAGAGUCGAAUGCCUUGGGUCAAGCAAUGUCCUAUCUCUGUUACCAGGUUGCCGCACGUACCAGAGGAUGCAUUAGAGUGGUUCAGUGCACUUGGACUGGAUACGGAGAACGACAUGAUCUUCGUGAGGAGAGGCGCGCCAAGGUGGCUACGCGGCGACUUUAUCAAGGGUUCGAAGUAA